ACCAAAUAUCCAACAAAAUGCCCCCCCUAUCCAAAGACCCCAUAACCCUCACAGGCGGCUGUUUCUGCUCCGCAAUCCGCUACACAAUAACCAUCCCCUCUCUCUCCUCCCGCCCCAAAAUCCCCCCCAUGCCCUCCCGCGAACUCCACCCCCCAACCGAAAUCUCCUCCCACAUGCCUAUGAUCAGCCUCGAUCACUGCACCUCGUGCCGGCGCGCGCCCGGCUCCAUCGUCGAAUGCUGGCUCAUCAUGCCGCAAUCCUGGAUCACCUUCUCUCUGCUCCCGAAAUUCACCGACGCGCAUCUCGCGUCCGCGGAGGAGUAUAUCCAGCCGACGACCAUCGGGCUGCUGAAGGGCGAGGAGGAAAUUAUCGAGAGUACGUGGUUGAGGCAUUUUGAGGGGAAUGAGGGGAGUCAUCGGACGUUUUGUGGGAGGUGUGGGACGCAUCUUACGUUUCAUUAUUCGGGGGAGCCGAGGGAGAUGAGUCGGAAGGCGGAUUGGGGAGCGAUUUUUGAUGUGGCGGUUGGGACGUUGGAUCAGGAGAGUGUGGAGGUUGAGGGGUUGAAGCCGAAUUAUACUGGUUGGGCUGAGUUGGGGAUUGGGUGGGUUAAGAAGUUGUUGGCUGAGGGGGAGAAGAGUUUAGUUGAUUGAACGAUAUGUAGGAUUUGGGGAUGUGACGAAUUAAAGUUUGUGAGGGAGAGACUAUGGAGUCUAGGCAUGCAGAUCUAGGAAAUUAUUUAUGAGCUGUCUCAUAUGAUUUUCAGAUACAACAGAAAGUUGGGACGAUUUAGUCACCGGAUUUCAAGUCCAUGUGCACUGAUUUAGCAUCACUACACAUUUGAUGAAGCGCUGAUGACUUUUUAUUUUUUUAUCUUUUUUAAACAUCGAGUAACUUAUCGUUAAGG